AAGGCGCCGAGCUAUUCAUCAGCAUCAUUCAGUUGGGUGUCGUUGAGCGUGCCACUUGUACUUGAGCUUGGCAGUUGUUUCCCAUGGGGAGAUCUCCUUGCUGCGACGAGAGUGGCCUCAAGAAGGGCCCGUGGACGCCGGAGGAGGACGAGAAGCUGCAGCAGUACAUCCAGAAGAACGGCCAUGGCAGCUGGAGGACCCUCCCAAGACUCGCCGGGCUGAACAGAUGCGGCAAGAGCUGCCGGCUGCGGUGGACCAACUACCUGCGGCCGGACAUCAAGCGGGGCAAGUUCUCGCAGGAGGAGGAGCAGACCAUCCUGCACCUCCACUCCAUCCUCGGCAACAAGUGGUCGGCGAUCGCGACGCACCUGCCGGGCCGGACGGACAACGAGAUCAAGAACUUCUGGAACACGCACCUCAAGAAGCGGCUCAUCCAGAUGGGCUUCGACCCCAUGACGCACCGCCCCCGGACCGACUUCUUCGCCGCGCUGCCGCAGCUCAUCGCGCUCGCCGCGCUCCGCGACCAGCUCGCCGCGGACCCGGCGGCGAGCGCGCAGCUGCAGGCCGGCGGCGGCGGCGACGUGGCCAUCCAGGCCGCCAAGCUCCAGUACCUGCAGUGCCUUCUCCAGUCCGCGGCCACCACCAUCGAUGGCUUCGCCUCCACCGCCGCCGCCGCGGGUUCCACGCCCAACGCCGCCGAGGCGGCGGCUCUCGACGCUCUGUGCUCGCCGCAGGGGACGCAAGACAGCACCGCCCCGGUGUCCGCGGCCAGCGACCAGCUGCUACCUUCCUGCACGUUCCCCGAGGCGCCCGCCAGCAGCGAAGCCAACCAAGGCCUCGGCUACGGCGGCGCUGAUGUCGACGUGUUCGCGUGCCACGGUGGCGCCUCGCUGCCGCCCCUCGCCGACCUCUCCGACGCCGCGAACAACCCCUCAUCAGCCGACGGGUGCAGCGCCACGGCGUCGUCCAGCUUCGGUGGCAGCGCGGGCAGCCCGCUCCCUUGGCCGGAGUUCUUCCCCGACGACCCCUUCAUCACCGAUUUCCUAUGACGACGCCACUACGCGUCAUACUACUAGCUAUACAUCUGCUUGCACACCGAAGUACCUUCCGAACCACGCUGAUACGCGUCUCCUCCCUCUGAAUUUUGUAAGCUUUGGGUACACUCAUACACAUACGUGCGUUGGGGACCGAGCCUAGCUCGGUUGGCGCGUGCUCCAGGUGUGGAGGCCGGUCCUCCGUUCGAGCUCUGCUCAACGCGGGAUUUUCCCACCGGAUGCUGAGGCAGUCGUGAGUGAGUGUGCGCGUGCGUGUAGUGUGAGUGCCUCAGUAUGGCGCGUUCCGAGACUUUUCGGACAGCCUCGUCUGCGUUGAGUUCGGUCGGCGUGGGCGUCCAAAAUCUUAAAUGACUCCCCCAGUGCUCCUGGGUGCUUCAAAAAAAAAGUAUGGAGUACUGUGCUCCAUCCGCCAUUCUGAUACAGCAUUGCACAUUCAGACAUCAGGAUAGGUCAUAUGUCAUAUACUCUGAAUACUGCCACUAGCCCGGAGAGGAGUGGGUGUGUGUGAGAGAGAGAUUUGCUCAUGAAAAUAAUAAACACAACAGUGCUUGUUGUACU